AAGGGGGGGAGAGAAGGGGGAGAGGGCGGCCCGGCCCUUCACGGGGGAACGAGGAGGGGCGGCCCGGCCCCUCAGCGCGGCGGCAGCCCCUGUGCUGGGGGCACCGGGCCCACUUCCCCCACACCCCGGCCCUUACUUAUCUCACGGACCGCGACCCAGCGUGCUGAGGAACCCGCGGUCUUCGGCUGUAGCAUGCUGGAAUUUUCCUUUUCUAUGUGAAACACAGCCAUGACGGAUCAAGAGUAUGUUCUUUGCAUGUGGAAGAAGCGUUUAUGGCCAGCCAAGGUUUUGUGCAAAACUGGAGUUGCUAGGGAAACGUCUGUUACUAAUGCCAAGGAUACUUCUUUGAAAGUUGAAAUACUUGGCUUGAAAGAACAGAUUAGCGUGAACUGUGCAGAUGCCGUACCACUGAAGGAAGAAUGUAUAGAAAACAUUGCCUCUAACUUAGAUCAAAGGAGUAGUUCGAGUGAGGCUGUGGAAGAACUGAAAUACCGCCGUUCUCUUAAAAUUGCCCUGGAUAUUUUGAAUCAAAAUGCCUCACCCAGACAAGUACCACCUUCAGAAGGACCAAGUACUCGGUUAUCCCAGGAGAACAGCACAGGAUUUCUCUCCUCUACCCCCUUACGUAGGUGUCGAUCACUCUUUCACUCUAAAGAAAAGUCAGAGCCUGAGAUUUCCAAGAGGAAGAGAGACCAAAAAAAUAACCCCAGCCUGAAGACGGAGACAAAAAGCCAAACCCAGAAAGUUUCUUUGAUUUUGGAGGAGAGCACUAGAGCAUGUGAAAGUGGAACGAACCUUUCCAAACGUGGUACUGGGGACUUGUGCGAUACAUCAAACUUACAUAGUCAAAACUGCAAAAUACCAGAAUCAAAAUCACUACUAAGACAGAAAAAAAUCAAGCCCAGAUUGUUGACAGAGUCCAAAACAGGAAAUGAAGUCUCCCUUAAGCCGAAGGAGGAAAAAAGUAAGCAAGGAAGAAGAAAAUCCAGAGGUGCAGGAUCACCUGUCUGCUGUGGGAAUGGUGUCUCCAAGGAUGAAGCACAGCCCCUUGCUGAGGAGGGGUCUCGCUCUGUCCCCUGCAAGCCUGAUACAGUGGUACCUGUCAGAAGGGCGAACGCCAGGGGUCAACCGAGAAGGAUGUUGCUGGAUUCCUCCUGUAAAAGUGCCUCGGAUGAUUUGGAAAAAAGCAUCAGUAGUGAGAGCAAAAGUCUAGCGAAGCAAUUGGAUGGCAGAAGAAAGCCAGUGAGUUCAAAACAGAUUACUGGAGAGCAAGAGAGCAGUGCAACUGUGUCCUUGCACAGAAAAAGGAAAUGCAGGAAUUGCCCUGGAUCUUCAUCUGGGCCAUCUAAAAAUGAGAUGCUUCCUGAUAGCUUCCCCUGUCAGCGUAAAGAGGAGGAAGAUAAGAAUACUUCACACGUGGUUAUGAAUAAAGUAAAGCAGUUUCAGCUGCCUGACUUUGAAGAAGAUGAAGGACUGGAAUCAUCUGACGUGUCUUCAAAGAUAGUUUCCUCAGAAAGUCUCUCUCGCCUCUCAGCUCUGGUAGAUGAAGAGGAGGAGGAUGAAGAACUACCUAGUAUUUUAUCACAUCAAGAACCACAAUCAAUUGAAGAAGGGAUUUUGGUCUGGUGCAAAUUGCGAAGGUACCCUUAUUGGCCAGCAGUGGUAAAAAAUGUGAAGCAGAAACACAAAAAGGCUUGUGUGCUGUUCAUAGAAGGGAAUACAGAUGACAAGAAAAAAGGUUUCUCAGUAUCUCUUAAGAAUCUGAAGCACUUUGAUUGUGAAGAAAAGCAGGACCUCAUAGAACGAGCCAAAGAAGAUUAUCGCCAAGAAAUUGAGUGGUGUAUUCGAUUGAUUUCUGACUAUCGAAUUAGAGUAGGUUGUCAUUCUUUUACGGGAUCCUUCUUGGAAUAUUUUGCUGCCGAUAUCAGCUACCCAGUUAGGAAGGAAGCCUAUCAAGGUUUAGUCCAAAUGACCUUUCCAAAUGCGGCACAGGAAGAUGUUGAAGAAUCUUCAUCAGAAACUUCCCUUCAGAAGCCCUCCAAGAAACUUCUUCCUGACAGAAUGAGAGCCGCUAGAGAUAAUGCGAAUAAAAAGAUAGUGGAGUUUAUAGUGAAGACUAAGGGUGCUGAAGAGCAUCUUUUGGCUAUUUUGAAAAGCAGAAAACAAUCCCGGUGGCUGAAGAAAUUCCUGAAUUCAAGUCAGUACGUGACCUGCGUUGAAACGUAUUUAGAGGAUGAGGAACAACUAGACCUUGUAGUGAACUACUUGAAGGAAGUGUAUCGUGAGAUAGACACUAAAAAUCUGCAUCAAAUAAACGGAGAUGGAAUAAAAUUUAUUUCAGACGUCCUUUUGCCUGAAGCCAUCAUUUAUGCGAUUGCUGCUGUGGAUGACAUAGAUUACAAGAAGGCAGAAGAGAAGUACAUAAAAGGACCAUCUGUGAGCAAAAGGGAGAGAGAAAUAUUUGAUGAAGAAAUUAUAGAAAGGAAGAAAUGCAAGACCAAACUAGCAUCUGCAGACAGCAUCUGAACAGUGGUACAAACUUUCCCAAGUUAUACUGGCACUGAGUGUAUAUAAUGCAGAAGUGGUUAUUUGUAUAAAAUGUGUAAUUUUUACUUUUUAAAAUCCAUGUGUAUAUCUUCAAAAGAUGUAGUUGCUAUAAUGGUGUACUACUGUUGGAUACAGUUGUAUCUUCAGUUUCCCUGCUCUCGAUUCUGCAUACUGGAGCUGCACGCUGCUUCCCUUGGUCUUGUCACGCUGCACUGCCUGUAAAAGACGAUGCAAACUGUGUAGGAACGCCUCAGUCCUCACCCAUUCAGUGCCUGUACUGUGGAACUUGCAAAGACCGCAAGUGUUAAGCAGAGCUUCUUCAUAUACCAUUAAGGCGUUUUUUUAAAUGAAUUAUUCUGGCCAAAUAUCUGGCAUAGGAAGGGCUGUUGUCCUCAGAAAAACAUGUACUGGGAAAUUAUGUAGCCACGUCUUGCCUGAUGACUGUACUGCUGCUGAAUGUCCGCAGGUUUCCCAUCUGAGAACAUUUCCAGCAGGUCGACUGUUCCUGCUUUACAUAUGUCUAAAAGUGUAGGAAAUAAAAUCGGUACCUAGUGAUGCAACCUGAGUAACACAGGUUUUUUUUGUUGUUGUUAGGGCAACUGUAAAAUGCAGUGGAAAAGGAAUUCAACGUUUGCUUAAAAAAACAAAAUCACUUUUCCAUUUAAAAGUGAAACCAUUUUGAAUGCUGUUUUAUUGCUUUUUGAGGCCAUGAUUUUAGGAACUCUUAAUUGUCUUUUUCUAUCUGAUUGAGAUAUCAACUUAAUCAUGCGUAGUUCCCUCCCCUAGCUUUUGCUAAAGGUGGAGUGUAUUGCAAAUCGCCUUUGACAGACUUGCGGUGCUAUUGAUAACAAAUGAUAAAAGCCCAAUGAUUUGUAUUUUUCUAUAUUAUAGUGCAGAUGCCAUCUACUUGCUUGUCCAAUAGAAACCAAGAUGAUUUGAAAUUAAGGAAGAAGUUUAAAUGUAAACUGGGAUACAGUUUUCUGGCUACAGUAAUGAUCAGAAAAUAUUUUAAUUACACUUUUUAUUACUCUGUAUUCUGUGAUGAGUUUCAAUAUGCAUUUGGAAUCCUUAUUCCCAUUAUGGAAGGGAUGUUGAGAAGUACCUAAAUCAUAGGAAUGUAACAGGUAUUUAACUGGACUGUUCUUUGUUUCAUUAAAACCUGUGAGAAGGGAUAAUGCAUUUCCUGGGAUAGCAUAGGAAUUUAAUGAUGCAUUGAUAGAGUUAACUCUGGACCUGAGUGACACUCAAAAUGCAGAAGUUUCCAGCCCAUAACCCCAGGUGCUGUUGUAGGUGCCUUCCCAUGGGCAUAUCCUCAGGUUUCCCCUCUGUUAAAACCUAACGGUGUGUACGCUUCUUAAUUACAGUUCCCAAAGUGCUGUUAAGAUCCUUCUUCAAACCAGGGCCCAGAAGUAGAGCUCCCCCAUCACCUUGCCUUUAUCUCGGUCCUUACUUUUCCUACCUUUUGGCUAACGCUAUCUUGGUUUGAUUCACCAUGGACAAGUUCUCAUUUGAAAAAUCAAACUAUCUUCUGCCUGAGGAUGACUAAGAGUGUACGUUGUCUAGAAGCACUCUGAAAUGUUUACAUCUUUAAAAACCACAUUCAACUUCUGAACCAGGUGGUAAAGGUUACUUACAGUACCUUACAGUAAUCAGUCUUGUGAUGUGCAGAAUUAUCUGGUCUCUAAUUAAAGCUGGAUGGAGUGAAUCAUCAAA